AUGAGCGUGCGCAAGGCGCACAACUCGGGGCGCAACCACCUGCGCAACGUCGUCGACUACUACCAACAAAUCGGCCACGAAAAGGCCCAGUCCGUCAUUGACAGCAUCACCUCGUCCUACGCCGCCGAAGGCCAGGCCCACGCCAACCCCAUGCUCCCGCAGAACCAGCCCGGCGCGCACCACCACCAGCCCCCCGGCGGCGGCGGCGGCUUCCCCGGCCACCACCACCCGCCGCCCUUUCCCUUUCCCGGUGGUGCUCCAGGAGGUGCCAGCGGGGGCCCAAUGCCGCCGUUUCCCGGCCUGCCCGGUGGUCUACCUGGCGGCUUCCCCGCCCAUCUUCCUCCACCCCCUGGUGGUGGUCGAGGCGGUCCGAUGCCGCCGUUUCCCCUCCCCAACGGCCUGCCCAUGCCUCCGCCUGGCGGUCUGCCGUUCCCGCCGCCUGGUGGCCUACCGUUCCCGCCGCCGGGAGGGCUGCCGCCCAACUUUCAGUUCCCGCCGCCUGGGUUCCCGGGCGUGCCUCCUCCUGGCCAGGAUCCUCGCCGGUAG